AUGGAUGAUAAAACCUUUUAGCAGUUGUCUCCAUCUUAAUCUUAAAUAUGGAGUCUCCCAUCUUAAGCUGUCUCUAUGAUAGAAGACUUUGUUAGCGAUUUAAAUGCUAUCAGAAAAAAAGUGUAGAUAGGAGAAGCCUAAGUUUUAAAAAGAAGAGUACCAGGGAAAAAAAAUUUAGGAAUAUCAUUAGAUAAAUCAAAGAUGCUUAAAACAUUAAUGUCAUUUAAAGACUCACCUGACACUACAAACUAAGAUAUGAUCGAUGAACUAUAAUAUUCUAAUUCACCUGAUAUUCGACCAAAUAUUAAAUAAUUUACAAACGAAAUAGAUAAGCAACUCAGUAAAAAUAAAAAUAUGUCAUCUCCAGAUAUCUAAAAAGCUUUAAAUCAAUCUCUGAUAAAGGAAAAAAAAUCCUUUAACUUAAAUUCUCCUUCUAAUUCAAGUUCUUUUUAUAAAAACUCUUCUCCUAUGGGAGCUAAUAUGUCAAACUGCUCCUUUUUAAAUUAUUCUAAUUUAUCAUUGAAAUAAACCACAUCUAACUAAAAAAAAAGUACAUUCAAAAGAAACUAAAUACUUUAGCCAAUAAAAAUUUCUAAAAAAUUGAUUCAAUUUACUGAGGAGAAUGGCGAAUUAAUCAAAAUUAAGAUCGAAAAUUUAAAAAAUUAUAAAAGCUAACCUCUACAUGUAUUCGAUGAGCAAGGUUUUGAAAAAGAUGAAAUUGAAGAAAAAUUACUUGAAGGUUUAAUUAUAGAUGGAUUUUCUAGAUGGAAAGAAAAAAAUGGAGAAAUUAGCUGGAAAGCUUGCUAAAUUUUAAGCUACAAUCAUGAAAAAAAGCUUUAUAAAAUAUAAUGGUUAGAAAACGAAUAAGUGAAAGAAGUAACAAGAUUAAAUUUAAUUGUUGAUACAGAAAGCUUAAGCGAAUCUCAAUAGAGAGAGGAGAAGGCUUACAGUAGAAGAUAGUAGCAACUAUUUAAUGAGAGCUUAGAUAAUUUAGUUCAAUCAUCUUCAAAGAAUAUAGACAUUCUAAUGCGCAAAUAAAUUUUGUAAAACAUCAUCAAGAAAACUUUUGACAUAUUAGGGGAAGAGUCUAAAAAUGAAUAUAUAGAUAUAACAAUCUAUAGGAUUGUAGAAUAAUAUAAGUUCAAUGUUAUUAGAUUCUAAAUCGCUAUAGGUACUGUAGCUUCUCUUAACGAGUAUUAUAUGAAAUAUAUUCCUACCUGUUACUAUAAGAAUGUAAGGCAAAAAAGAUUAGAACUCGUUUUAGACUAAACUCUAGAAUACAUAAGCUAACCUUCUAGAGCUAAGUUGUAUCAAAACUCAAAAAGUAGAUUUUCUAAUUACACAUCAGAUUCUUCUUCAGUUUCUUCUCCUUCUCCUAGAAGUUCUUUAGGAUUUUCACAAUAAAUUUCUGUUAUUUCUUAAAAAUCAUGGAGAUCAAGAGUAAUUUCAAACUCUUCUACACCUAAAAAAAAUAGUGAUGACGGAUUCUAUUUCACUGAAGAUUAGGAUGCAGUUAAGGAGGAAUUUAAUGAGGAAAAUGAAGAAAGUGAAAUCAGAAGUAGACAAAACUCAAAUCUAUCUGCUAUAAAUUUAUUAAGAGUUUCUACAAUCAAUAAGGUUAAGCAUAAUCCUGAAACUAGAUUCUAAGAUUUAAGAGCUUACAUGCACAAAAACUUGUUAGGAACUUCUCAAGUUUAGCUAUUAUAAGACAUCAAUGGCGUUUAUCCUGUCAUAAUUUCCCUAAUAGACUACAUUCAAAAUCUUUAGCAUUUUAGAAUUUAUUGCCCCUUUAAAACAGUGCUAAAUCAGCAAUACAGUGAUCAUAAUUAGCUAUUUAAUUACCUUGAAGAAAAUUUUUUGAAGGAAAUCAAUAAAAUUGAGAAUUUAAUUUAUAAAACUGAGAAAACAAUAGACUAUCUUAAAAGAGAUUUAGAAUUAAUAGCUAAAUAGAGAAUUCAAAAAAUGCUAGGGAGUAGGGAAAUCCCUCCUUUCGAUUAGAUUAUCAAACAAUUCUUAGAGAAUCUUCAUAAAUUUUGCAACAAUGUUCUUAAAAGUAAUUUAAAUAUCACCAUCAAUGAAUCUUUUACUGAUAUUCUUGAAAUGUGGGAUAGCUAUUUUCUGACUAUACCUUUGCCCCAUACAACUCCUAGACUAUUUAAUAAACUCCCCUAUUUGAUUAGACACAGAAAAUAAUAAAUUAUCUUGAAGACUAGCAUUCCUUCACCACUAAGCGCAAUUGAACUUGUUCAUGAAGAUAACAUUGAAGAGAAAGACUAUAAUGCUUUUAAAUUUGAUUGCACUAUAAUAUUUGAUAUUUAUUGUGAAAUUAUUUAGAGAGCAAUACAAAGAGAAAAUAUGGAUAGCUUUUUAUUUUAAGGAAACCCUAAUUUAGACCCUACUCCUAUUUGCAAGUUUUAGCUUAAACUUUCUAAAUACAGAAAGAAUCCUCCGAUUAGAUACAUGUUUCAUUACUUUAUGAGGUGCAGAGAUAAAUUAUAAAGCUCAUAUGAAUUACUAACUAAUCCUCAUGAAAAAUGCAUUAUAGGAGAUAAAACAAGACCAUGGAGACCUAGAUAUAAAUCUGAAGACUAAUAUUAAAACUAGCUGUAAUAUGUAAUGUACGAUAUUUUGAGACUGAAUAACAAAGAUACUCUCUUUUAUCAAGAUUAUUUAGAUAAGUGUAAAAACAAAGAAGUUAGUUAUAAAAGACUUGGUUGGUUUGAUACUAAGCAUAUGAGGAUAAAUAUUGAUCCUACUCUUGAACACAUGGAAGAAAAAUUAAAUAAAAUUUUACAGUCUCCAAUCAACAAAUUUAAAUCUUUAUAAAAGAUAAAUGGAUUUCUGCACAACGAAGGGAUAGAAUGCGUUGAUGAAAUUCUCUCUAAUAAUGAAUUAUUCAACUCCCACUUUAAUGAAUUUUUAACAUGGAAUUAUUACACUAUAUAUUCAAUUCUUAUAGUUUUUAAUUAAUUUGAUUUUUAUCUUUUUGAGAAAGAUUAUUUUGAUGAGUUGCUAGAAAUAUUUGAUAAUACUUCCUAGGUUCAGUUUAUGGAAUAAGAAAGGAAAAAAUUACUUUGGGAUAAAGAUUUUAUCCUUAGACGUCUACCAAAUGUCUUUAAAGUUGGUUUCUUCGAAAUCGACACACUAGAAAUAAAAUAAAUAAUUGUCAAAAAAAUCGAUCAAAAUAUUAAAAAAGCAGAAUAAGCUAUUACUGAAAAAUUCUGUUUUCUUCUUAAUAAAACAAAUGAAGCUUUUAAAGAAAUGUCAUCUAUUUUAUCAGAUGAUCCUAAUACCAUAGAGAAAUAUAUAGAUUUAAUGACAUUCUUAAGUCAAAAAGACUUAAUGAAAAAAUGGUAGAUAUGGUAGCAAAACUUGAAAACAAUCAAUCUGUUGUAUAACAUUAUGGAAGACAAUUAUAUAAAAAUAAAUUUGAAAGAAAAUACAAGUGAAGAUCUUCAAAAUGAAAUAUUAGCAACAUAUCUGGAAUCACAAAAUUGGUUAAGGAAUUUGAUAAUAUUAUUCUAAUAAGCAAACGAAAAGUUGAAUUAGAGAAAAUCUCACUUUUAAUCAAAACUUGAUGAGUUAAAGCAAGUUUUACUUCAGAAAUUCGAAAAUGCAAAAGAACUUGUGGCUUAGUUUAAGACAUUGAAUAAUCUCAAAAGUUGCGAGAUGAUAUUAAGGAAAUGUAAAGAAAUAGAAGAUAUCUUAAAGCAGAUUGUGAAUGAAGGAGAAUAAAUAAAUAAAAAAGAGUUAAUUUUAAAUUACCCACUUUCAGAUUUCAAAAUAUUCUCUACUUUCUUAAGUUAAUUUGAAGGUAGUUUAUAAUUCUGGGAAUUUGCAGAAAAAUGGUUCAGAUAAUCAGAGGGAUGGUUAUGUUUUCCAUUUGAGAGAUUACUAAAUGCACAAAAUGGAAAUGCUUAAGAAUAAUUAAGGCUUGAAAUUCUUGAUUCAUGCAGAGAGGGUAGUUCAUUGAUGCUAAAAUUAGAAAAGCAGAUUGAAGCCUAUAAAGAUUAAUAAGAAGAGUAAGAAGAAGAUGAAGAAUACUAAAAAAUGUUUUUGGAUAAUAUUUAAACUAUUUAAAGAGAAAUAGAUGAUCUUAAUCUUUAUCUUCCAAUCAUAAUGAUGCUUUUAAAUAAAUCAUUUAAGGAGUCUUACUGGACUUAGCUACUUAACGAAAUAUAUGGUAAAGAAUCUAAAGUAAAGCCUCAUGAGUUAACUAUAGAAAUACUAAAGAGAGAUAAUAUUUUAAGAUAUAAAAAAUUCAUAUAUAUUUUGUUCAAUAAAUCUCAGUAGGAACAAAAAUUGUAUGAGGAAAUAGAAAAAGUAGAAUACCUUAUUAUGGAGUGCAUGCCUAAAACUCAAACGGCAAAAAACGCUGAGUACCCAAUGCAUUACUAUGGGAAUAUAUCUCACUUAAAAGUGAAGUUAGAUGAGCUCAACUUCAGCAUUAUUUAUCUCAUUUCUUAAUUUGACAGCAAUGAGAAAUUAAAGUUUAUUUAGAAAUAUGUGGAAGAACUCAAAAGCAUGUUUGAAAAUAUGAUUCAAAUUCAAGAAUAAUUGAUGGUUUAUAGUCCAUUUUUUGGAAUAUUAACUGACUUUUUACCAGACACUAAAUACAUAAGAACUAAACUAAGAAACAUGAAUUUAAAAAUCAAAGAAGAGUUCAAGAAAAAAGCUUUACAAUCUAAAAAUUUUGUUUAAAAAGUGAUUGAUCCUAAGGAACUCAUAAAGCUAAGUCAGUUAAAAAAGGAAACCGAUCAUCUCUUAGAUUCAACUAUGCAACUUAAAAAAGAAGUAGAAAAUUUUAUCAAAACGGUUAGAAUUUCUCAUCCUCGUUUCUACUAACUCUCAGACACAGAUAUUUUUAAAAUGAUGAGUGCAAAUUUUAAUAUUGUAGAGCUCAAACAAUACAUAAUAGAGUGUUUUUCUGGAGUUAAAGAUGUAUUCUUUGAUAUUAAAGAUGAGAACUAUUUUGUGGUAGAAUAUAUUACAAACUAUUACAACGAAUUCAUCUACCCUCUUGAACAAAUAAAAGUAUCUAGAAUUCCUAAACUAUAAGGAGGAGCUUUGUGUUGUAACAGCAAUAAAGGUUAGCUUCCUAUUACUUUAAUUGUUAAACAAAUAGAAGAAUGUCUGUAGAAUAGAAUUAAAAAGAAUAUUUUUUAGAAUAUUUUAGGUGUUUCUUCUUGCAACUAUGAUUAUCAAAAUAUUUGGAAACUUUACUAAAAUAAGUAGGUUUAUUUCUAAACUUUACUUGUUUCGAUUGACGUCUCAUUCUACUUUGACCUUUCAAUAAUACUUCACCAUUAAUCAUACGAUCAAGAAUAGCAACAGGAAAAAUUAGAAAAUUAAUAUAAAUAAAAUGAAAUUAAGUAGGAAAAUGCUUAAAGAUAAUCAAUUUAAAAAUAAGAAGUUAGUGCUAGAUCAAGUUAUAGGUAAAGUAAACUUACUAGGCCUUCUGUUUUGGUACCAUAAGGAUUUAAUUUUAAGAGAGACUCUAAGUACAUGAAUAUUUAAUUUAGUAAAUUAAGCAUAGACAAUAAACUUUCCUUAUUCUUAAAACAUAUGCAAGAAGAAUAAUAGAAAUUCUUAGAUUUUAUUAAGUUAAAAUCGCGUGCAUUUUCAUCCAAAAGCAACAUGUAACUUGUAAACUAAAUAAUUCUACAGUCUAUUAGCUAAAGAGAGAUUAUUUAAUAUCUCUAAAAAGAAAAAAUAUCUGACAUUAACUGCUUCGAAUAUUUAGCCCUUCCUAAAUUUACUUUGAACUGUAAAUUGCUGCAACAGCAAUAAGAAGAAUUUAAAAGCAUCUUAGAAAGCGAAUUUAACAUAGUUUGUGAAAGCUUCGAGAAGGUUUAUGAGAAUUAAAAUCUUCCUUAAAUUUCUUCUAAAUCGCCAUUUUUUAACAAUUUAAAAAGCAAUAAAAACUCAACAAUUAGCAUGAUAUGCAUGAAUUAUUAAAUUGAUUAUGGAUAUGAAUUGACACCAGAAAUUAAAUAUUUCAUUUUGUGUCAAAGCACCUAGAGACUAUAUUGCUAAAUUAUGUCUUGCAUAUCUAUGUUUAAAGGUUGUCUCUUCGUAUCAAACGAAUAAGGUAUGUGUAAGAUUAGCACAAUCAAUUCGCUAUCAAUAAUAUUGGCCAAGCCUUUUUUGCAAAAGAAUUAUAUUUCUGAUACUGAUCCAGAAACAAUAACAAGAUAAUAUGCAGGAGCAGCAUAAGGAGGAUUUUGGGUACAUAUUUAAAACUUAGAUUCAACUGACUCAAAUGCUAUUUCUCAAAUAGCUUCAAUCUAUAAUUUAAUAAAAACUGCUAUGAUUGAAUAAAAAUAAACUUUAGAAUUAUAAAAUUACACAAUAUAAUUAAAUCCUGACUUUGCUUUAUUUGCUUCAUAUUAAAGCAAACAAUUUUUCAAUUAAACAAGAACAGAUUAUUUGAAGUAUACCUAAAUUCCAUAAACAUUUUUAGAUUAAUUUAGGGUUGUAGAUUAUGCUUCAAUAGAUUUAUCUUUUGUAUCUCAAUGCUAUCUUACUUUAAUAGGAAUAACUGAAAUUUAACAGUUUUAAAUGUAAUUUAAUUAUUUCAUUUCAGCCUUAUGUUAAAAUUUCUUUGUGAAUUUUGGAAAAAAUGUAUCAUAAUCUAAAGAAAAAAACGAACUCUAUUCAGUUUUGCUAAGUAAAAAUAGUUUCAUAAAUAUUUAUCAAAUCUGCAUUGAAUUUUAAAGACAAAGAUUAGAAGUAGAUGAUUUUAUUUAGCCAGUUGAUGCUUUAUAGGCCUCUAUUUUAUAGUAUCUCAAAAAUUUGCUUGAUGAUUAGCAAGUUGAAAUGUUGAAUUUUUUAUGGGAAAGCUUUUUCCCAACCUAGUAGAAAUCUAUGUCAUCAUAAUUUAUUAUAGACAAUCCAAACAAUAUAGAUUUUUUUAGAGAGUAUUUCUAAAUUAAUAAGUUAGAACUUCAUGAAGAAUUCAUUUAAAGAGCUAAUGGUCUCCUUAACUUUGUGAAUCAGAAAAAAAAUAUUAUUUUAGCUGGAAAAUCUGGAUUUGGAAAACAUACUUUAGUAAAAGUAUCAGCUUUUGUAUACUCAAGAAUGAAUGAGAAAGACUUUUUAGUUAAUUAUAUUCCUGUAGAAAGCCUUGACAGUUAAUUCUUGAUAGGUUCGUUCAAUUAAGAUUAAUAAUAUGAAGAAGGUUUUUUAAAUAAGCUUUUUGACACUGUUAAUUAUGAUUAUGAAAAUCUUAUAGAAGAAAAGAAAAAUAUUUUACUUUCAAAUGAAGAAAUAUGCUGCUAAUUUUCAAAGAAAAAAAUUAUUGAUAAUUAAACAAAUAAAUUAUUAACAAUUCCAAAAAAAUAAAGAAUAGUUUAGAAAGGAGACUGGUUUGUUUUUGAUUGUGGAUAAACUAUUUAUAGUGAAAAAAUUAAAUUAUCAGAGGUUCUUCUCGAUUCAAUAGACGAUAAUAUGUUGUAUCUACCUAGUGGCAUGACAAAGAAGAUAGAUUCAGAAAAUCUUAAUUUCUUUUUUUUUGAGAAUUUGAGCAAUAUAUCCCCAAGAACUAUAUCUAACUAUAGCUUAUUUAUUUUAAACUAAGAAGUUUUCUCUAUUUAGGAAGAGUUUUAAUCUUGGUUAAAUAAAAAAUGCCAAAUAUAACCUAAAGUUGAAGCUUAUAUUCCUUACAUUUAGUGUGUCUUUAGCAAUCUAGUAUUAAAAUGUUUAGAGUGGUUGGAUGAAAAUAGAUAAAAAAAUGAUUUAUUUGUUUACUUUACUUCUAUCAAACAAUGCUUCUUCAAUUUUUUGAAUAUCUUUGAAAUUUUGCUUAAUGAAAUAAGAAAAAGAGAUAUAUCCUUAGGACUAUUUAAUUACUCUGAACUUAGUGUAAAAGAAAGAAAAAUGACUCCUGAUCCUAUUCUCUUAAGAAAAGUAUCAAAAUCAUAAGACGAGUAAAACUUAUUUUAAGUGAUAACAUGCUCGGCAUUCAAUAAAAUUACCAAUGAAAGGACUAUGUUUUAGAUAGAAUCUAUUUAUACUAUGAGUAUUCUCUAUGGAUUAUGCAACUGUUUAAAUGAUAAUGGAAAGAAUUAAUUCUGUGAGUAUUUAAGCAUAGUUAUCUAAGAAUACUGCUGUAAAGAUUUCAAAAGGCAAUUUAACAAUGUAGGAUUUGCAUUUGAUUUGAUGACAAAAAUAGUAGGCGCAGAAAAGGAAGAUAAUAUUUUCAAUUAUUUUAAUUACUGUUACAGCUAAAUGGAUUUAAAAUGGAUUGAAUGGAGUAAUAUUUAACUGUUAGACAAUAUCGAUGAAGUCUCAAAUGACUUCUCUUAGAAUGUACUCAAUCCGAGAGAGUUAGUCAGAUUAAAUCCUAUGGCUCUUGAAAUAGAAGAAAUUGCUAACUAUAUUGAUAAUAAGCAAGAUUAUAAGAUGACACAAUUUUAUAAUUUUACAUACUUUGAGACUCCUUCUUCUAAGAUUUAAAACUAUUUUAUUGAUUUGAGCUUGGCUUACAACAAAAAAAUGCUAUUUUGCAGUUAAAGGGGGCAGGGAAAAACUACACUAAUAAAGAAGUUUAUUAAUAGAUUGUACAAAAAAAACACAAAUUCUGUAUUUGACUUCUCAACUUCUUCACCCAUAUUUAACAUUGCUAAAUUUUAAUCUAUGAUGGAAUAAAAAUUAAGACCUAAAUUUCUCUAAUUAAAUCCUCAAUAACAUUAGAGCCUAUAAACAAACGGUUUAAAGUAGAUUAGUUAGAUUAAAAAUUACAUAUUUAUUGAUGAUUUAAACUUUGGAUAAACUAUGAAAGAAAAUAAUGAUAUCCUCCUCCAAAUAAAGAGUUUAAUAAGGUUUAAGGGAUGGUAUAAUUAUAGCACAAAAACAUUUAAGAGGUUUAAACAAUUUUCUUUACUAUCUGCUCUUUCUAUAGACACAAAUAACUUAGUAAAUCUGUUAGACCAAAGUGUGUGUCAAGUGCCUUAAAAAAUUAUCUAAAGAUCACUCAUACUUUAUUUAAAUAGCUUAAAUGAGCAAGAUGUCACUACCAUAUUUAGUAAGCAGAUUGAUUCACUUUUCAAUACAGAAAUAAAUCUUACAAAAAAUGAUCAAGUUAUGAUUGAAUGCUGGAACAAAUUUUCUCUUCUUAUUUUUAAAAACCAGGAUUUGCUAAAAAAACUAAGAAAAACAUAUCACAGUAAUAUUGGACUUUAAGAAGGUUUGAGUAUAAUUAAAUACUUUAAUAAUUUUGAGUUUAUGCAUAAUGGAGAAGUUAAUUUAGGAGAUUUUUUAAAAGGUUUCAUCUUCUUAUUUAAUAGUUUCUUUUGUGAUAGCUUUGCUUCUAACACUUUAGCAAUUACAUCUAAAAUUGAUUUUAGCCAAAUCCAACAAAAAAAUUUCAGUUUUAUAACUGAUAGCACAAUCGAUGAUAUAGAAGAAGGAAAACAGCCUACUUUAUUUGAGCUUAGUGAUUUAGUAACUGAUUCUGAUGAUUCAGACUCGUCUUACCAAGUUGAUAAUUAGGAUUAAAGACAAGCAAAUAAUUCAUAAUUAAAUUAAAAAGAUUAAUAAGAUAUUAAUAUCCAAAUAGAUUAAAUUUAAGAUAGUAAUGUGGCCCAAUAAGUUUCGCUAUAAAAUAUAAAUUUUAGAAAGAAAAGCAAUCUAUUAAACAAUCCUACCAAUCCUAUUUCUCUAAAAUCAGAAACGGAUGCAAUAAAGGAGAGAUCAAGAGAAAAUUCAUUAAAUAAUAGCAUAAAUUCUAGAAAUAAUAUUUAAUCUAGUUUAAAUAUUAAUAACAAUCCAGCUUUAGAAAGUAUAAUAUUUACAGUAGAAAAAAACAAUAGCUUGAAAUUAAUAGAAGAAAAAGAGAACCAAAAUGUAAAAGAAAGCAAAGAUCCAUAUUUUAAGCUAAAAAGAAAUUAUAAUAAAAUACCUGAUUACUUAAUAAGCUAGCUUUUGAUCAAAAUAUUACAAAAGUAUUUUAGCUAAGAACAAAUAGAAAAGUGUAUCAAAGAAAGAAAUCAAAUAAGGUUUGUUUGUAGAAAAUUAUUUGAAAGCUAUAAUAGCGAUGGUUCUAAAAAGAAAGAGUAAUUUGAAAAGGCAGAUAAAUAAAUAGAAAUUCAAAAACAAAAAUAAAAUGAAAAAAGCUAGGCAAUACAAAGAAAAAGUAUAUUUGCAUGGCAAUAAAAUUAAGGAAAUGCCGAUCCUGCUAGUAGGACAUCUGUAAUGAAUUUCGUUUCCAUGCAGAGAAAUAGCAGUUAAUUCUAAAUGAGAAGCAGCUUUGGAAAUUCUUAAUUUUAUAUACCUGAUUCUAUGCUUUAGAUAGACAAAAAGACACUUCAAUAAUUAACUGAGUAAUCUUUGAGUUCUGAGUCUUCACUAGAAAUGGAAGGAGAUAAUUUUGUACUAAUCAACAAAGAUAAUACUAAUAAGCUCAAAAACAUUUAUAUAGCUCAACUGGCGGACUUUUAUUAUAAUUAGUUUAAUGUUUCUGACAAUCAAAAUUAAACUAGUAAUACUUUAAUAACUCAAAGCGAAACUACAAUUACCUCGUCUUUACUGUCAAUAACUUCAAUCACAACUGAUUAUUUUUUUGAUUUAAUGACUAAAAUAAACUAUUUCUUAGAAUUGCCUGAAGCAAAUAUAAUAUUUGAAUCUCAAUUAACCCAGUAGUAGACACAGUUUUUUAUUUAAUAUGCAUGCAAUUUAGUUGAAUACUUCAAAACAUCUAUUCAAAUAUCUGAAAUACCUUUAAAAUCUGAUGAUUUACAAAAAUAAGUCUAAGAAAAGCUCUCAUCAAUCUUCUCAAAUGCAAUAAAAUCGAUGCUAUAGCAAGAAGGCAAGAAGUCUAUUGUAAUUAUUGAACUACCUUAUUAAAUAUAGGCUAAUAAUUUGGCUUAAGAUGAAAAUAAUAUUUAAAGUAAAUUAGCAUAGUAUAUUUUAAGCUAUUUAGUAAUAAUUCUCAAAAGUAGUGAGUUUUAUUGCUUAUUUGAUAGAAAAGUUAUUGCUGAAAUGCAUCAGAUAGUGAAAAAAAGACUCGUCUUCUCAAUUGAAAAUUUUACUCACAGCUAAAUAUCAGCAUUAAUAUUAAAUGAAAUGAAAAUGAAUUUAAAAAUUGUUCUUGUGAAUUAUUAGUAAGGCAGCAAAAUAUUUCUUCCUUUUUAUGAAACAUACUAAGGUUUGUAUAAUGGAUUUGUUAGAAUAUAAUUCCCAAAAAAUCUAAACCUUAAGGAGAAAGAUAAUAGCGCAUACUUGUAUCAGUCUUUGGUUGAAUACUAUAACUUUAAAAAACUUCUAAAAUCUAAUCAACCUUAAAAAAACCAAAGAGAUUCUUUAGCAAAUAAUGAAAAAUAGAGUUCUUAAAUAUUAAUAAAUGGAUAAGAAAUCAAGUAAGGUACUUCAAAUGAAUAAAUGGAAGCUGGCGAACUCCUCUCUGCUGAAACUUAAUAAGAAUGCUAAAGAUUUUUGGAAUUAAAUAGCUUUAUGUAAAAAUAUUAGAUUACAAAAAAUUAAGGGCUCCAGUUUUCUUCCUCAAACUAAAACUUGUAGUGCAUGAUCUUUUUAUUGAUGAAUGGAUUUGAAAGAAUUUUAAGUGCAAAUGAGUAAUAAAUAUGCUAAUCUGGGAUGUAUAAAGAUAUAAAUGAUUUAGCUCAGAGAAAUGAAUAGCAAAUAAAUUAGCACAGCUAGAUACUAGGAGUAACUAUUAGCUAGAUAUAAAAGUAAUACUAAUUAAUAAAUGAGUAAAAAGAGAAGGAUAAGCUUAAUCUUUAAGAAAAUAAAAAUGCAUUAGCUUAAAAGUAGAAAGAAAAAACUCAACUAUCUAGUGAAUAUAGUGUUCUUUAUGAAACUCUAGAGUGUAAAGCUUUAAAGUUGACAAUUAAAAAUUGUAUAAAUUACCUUUAACCAAUUCAACCUCCUCAGUAUAAAAAAGAUAUAGAAGUACUCAUUCACAAAAAAUCAUAAUCAUAUUUAUAUAUUCUUGCGUUAUUCCUUGAUGUAGAAUUCUAUCCUGCUAAAUACUUAGAAGAGGAACCAAAGGUUAUAUCAGCUCAUAAUCUUUUAGAUUUAAAAAGCAAAGUUUUAAAUUCAAAAGAGCUUCCAUAUUUGCUAGAUAAAAUACAGGAUUUCAUAAAAAAAGAUAAUGAAAAUUAAUAAAAAGAAUUUUUGUUUAAUGUAUUCGAGAAAUAUGACCAUGAAAAAACAGAUGUAGUGCAAGAGGUGAUUUAGUAAAGAAAUUUAGCAUAAAAUUCAAAUUCUGCUCACAAACAAAUGUAUAACGAUUACAGUUUAACUCUUCUUUAUUUAAUAGUUUUAAUAAAUUCAAUCCAUGAAUAGCUUCAUUUAGAAACUUAGUACAAGCCAAAAAUGUAAUAAUUAAGAGAAAAAAUUCAAUAGAAUUAAUAUAAGCUGAAUUCCCUUUCUGAAGAAAUUAGAUAAACAGAAAGGUAAGUUAACCAAGCAUUAGAUUUUGAAAAAGUAAAAAUGAAAGAACUGAACCAAGCUAUAGAAGAAGAAAACUCUUUUAAUGAGCAAGUUAAUAAAAUAAAAGCAUUUUUAACUACAGUUAGAACAAGGGUUUUAAAAAGCUACUUAAUAACACAGAAUUACUUAGAUACAGAUUAAUCAGUAAAAAACAAAUAAAUUUUAGGAAUUGUAAAUUACCUAGUUUUUAUUUCUUAAUAUCCUAGUUCUUUAAGAAUUAAAUGCCUUGAUUAUUUGUACUACAAUGAUUGGAUCAUAUUUUAAUUCUUAUCAAAGUACUUGACAACUACUUUGAGAGGUAAUUUGUUUUAUUCUAAAUGCUACUCUACAAAGGUUCAUAUGUCUAAUUUCUUGAUCACUUAGCUAGCCCUUUUAGAAACAUUUAUAUAUGAAAGUUAGUAUUUACCCUCAGUCGUUGUACUUGACAAUUCUUAAGUGGUGCUAAAUUAUCUAGACUCCAUAAAGGGAGUUACUAUUUAAAAAGAAUAUUAUACUACUGAUACUAAUAAAUCUGAUGAAAUGAGUUCAAUUAUCAAUGCAGUCUAAUAGGGUUAUAUUUUAACUAUUGUAGAUCCUAACUAAAAUUUAAUUGAUUCAAUAAAACCUUUAAUAUAGCAAAAGUUUUUCUAGUGUUUUGAAAAAGCAGCUUAACAACAUUUUAGCCCAAAAGAAUAAAAAGAAAGUGAUUUAUUGAUGUCUUAAAUAAAAAACUAACAAAAAAUGAAAAAAAUUACAUUGAAUUUUAAUAAUUAAGAGUUGGAAGUUCAUCCUAAUUUCUAAAUAAUUAUAAUUUUAACUGAUAAGAAUUCAGUGUUAGAUAGCCAAAUAUGUGAUUAAAUGGUUUGUUUAAAUUGUUGUUUGGAAGGAGAAAAUGAAUGGAUUUAGCAUUUAAAAGAUACUUUCUUAAACAAUUUCGAGUACGAAACCAAAUUAGCGUUAAUUUAGUCUCAUCAAAAUAAAGUUUUGGAUAGGCAAAAAAGCAUAGAGAACUCUUAUUCAUCUAUUAAGUAGAUAUUACAAAGAUUUAAAAUAUCAUCUGAGGAAACCUUACAAGAAGUUUUAAGUAUAAAUCUAUAGCAGUACAUGUUUACUUUGAGCUAAAUAUUUUCUCGUACUAAUCCUGAAGAAGUCAAUAACAUAACUUUUUAUAAGCAUUUAAAAUUUGAGACGAAAUCUUAUAAUUUAAAUAAGUAAAAAUAAGAAAAAAUGAAGAUCCCAUGGAACGCUUUUAGAAGCUAAACAAAAAAUUUAAGUAAUUUAUCUUUAGCAACUGUAAACUCAUCUCCAAUCAUAGAUUAUGAAAAUCUAUUUAAAAAUAUAUUCGUUAGAAAAAAUUAAAUUUAAUUACAAAACAUAAAUAACUAUGCUUACUUAAUUGGAGGUUUAGAAUAGCUAUCUUACGAAUAUAAUGAAAUAUCAGGAUUUCUUUUUUUAAUUAAGUAAGUUUUAGAUAAGUUUAAUCCCUAAAUUGGUGUUUAUUAUGGAUUCUCUGAUUUCAAUUUUAUGAACCUUGUUGAACUUUCUAUCCAAUUUACAUAAAGGCUUUCUCCAGAAUUAAAGCCUAGAUCGAGUUUCUCAAACUUCUUUAAAAAUAUAAGUUUCUUUAUGCUAUAAUCAAUAAAUUAAGUUUUGAGAGAUGAUCAUAAAACUGCUAUGCAGCUGUAAUUAGGUUUGAUAAUUAACUAAAUACAGAAUAAGGCUCCGUAAAUGAAGUGGGAAAUGAUAUUAAGAGAUAGUUUGUAUGAAAAUGACGAAGAAGAAUUAUAUAUAAGAUCUACCGAUCUGUCAAAGUGGUUUGACUUUUUAGAUUUACAAAAAUCUAUUUUUAAAAUAUCAUCACUUAAUCUGUACAAAUAAGAAUAAAACUACAAGGAUUUGAGUUUAAACAACCUUAAGUAUUUAAACACUAAAAAAUAAGUUUAAAAAAAGUAGAAUAACUAUUAAAAGUAAUAGAAGCAGAAAAAAUAAUUAUUGCAGUGCUCUUAAAAGAUAUUGUAGUUAAAAUAAGAGUAAAUUUCAAUAUUUUCUCCUUUUCUUUAAGCUGCUAAUUUAUUCAAAUAAGAUGAUGAAUAAAAUUCUUUGCAUAAACUAUCUAUUAAUAUUGGAGAGUCUUAGAGAUUAAGCCAAUAAAAUGAAUUAGUUAGUAAUCUAUUAUUAUUACAAAACUCAGAUCAACAAAUAGACAACAAAUAAAUAACUUCAAUAAUGUAAGAUCUAAGUAACCCAGAAAUAGAUAAGUAAGGACAGACAGAAUAAUCAGGUUAUAAAAAUAUUGUUUCUAUUAGUAAGAUAGAUGAUGAUUCAAAUAAAUAAAUAGAAAAUGAAAGUAAUGAAUCAAUAGAUUAAAUUAUUUAAAACGAAGGCAAUAAAAUUAGUUCAAGCUAAGAAAUUAAGGAGAGUACUUUUUAAGAGAUUUAAGAAGGAAAUUCUCUUAAAGAAAUAAUAGAAGAUGUUGAUUAAGAAGCUAAAAAAACAAUAUAAGAAGUGAAAAAAAGCAAAGUAAUUUAAGAAACUGAAGAGUAAAGUGAUUAAACUCCUGUAAGUAGCAGACGAGCUAGCCAAUCAUUUAGUGAAAGCAGUAGUAGCUCCAGUAGUAAUUUAAAUCAAAGUAGUAAUAGUAGUAGUAGCAACAGCAGCAGUGAAAGCAAUUUAUCUGAAAAAGAUGAAGUAGAUGAUAAGCCAAUAGUUCAAAGAAAUUAGAGUUUGGAGACAAGUAAAAGCAAAAGUCCAUAGAAUAAAGAUCAAUAACAGUUAGUUAGACUUUCUAUUUCCAAGUAAAACUAGUUAGGAGUAGAAAGAAAGAGCAUAUUUUCUUCAUCAAUUAACAAUCACUCAAUGGCUUAACAAAAAAAUUAAGUUUAAGCAACCAAGAUAAUAAAAGUAGCCAAACCUAUAUAAAAUGAAGAACAAAUUCAAUAGAAUAUGUUUGAAAGAACUGUAGAUUUCUGUAUCUUUAAUUUAGGAGGAUUGAUAAACAUUGAGACAAAAAUAUUUUAUGCUCAAGAUAAUAAACUAAAAAAAUCAAAUAAUUCAAGCUUCCAUCUCCACGAGGAUCAAAAAAUUGCUCUUUUUGAUAAAGUUUUUAGUAGCUUUCUGAAGCUCCAAUUAAACAAAUCUAAUACUCAUUUGAAAUCUAGCAUAUAUAUAGACUAGAGAGACUUUAAAAAUAUUACUCCACACAGUAAAUUCAAGAUUUGUAAAGGCAGUGAAGAAUUCUAAGAAAGAAAACCUUUGAACAGGGUAGUCAGUGUUUUGUAAAAAAGAAUCCAUGAAAAUUAAUAACUUACCUAGGAGUAGAAAGAAACUAUUUUACCAAUUAAAAUGGUCAAUUGCUUGGUCAACUUAAGCAAUAUAUUUUAAUAAGAAACGAAGUUAGUAGCUACAUUAAAUAAAUUGUUGUCUGAUUAGAAAUAGCUAGCUUAUGAAUUUGUCAGCAGAUAGAACUCAACUAUUAAGACAUACAAUAAGCUAUUUAAGAUCCCUAGGCUUAACGAGUUUAAUCUUUUAAAUCCAGUUGAUACACUUUUACUAAUAAAAUGCCUAAAGCCUCAUGAGCUAGAAAGUUAUGCAAAAGAUUUCUUUUUUUAAGUUUUUCUAGACAAAUUCUAGCUUGCUUAUUAAAAAAAUUAUGAGCAUAUCCUGAAACUGCAAAUUGGAUAGCAUAAUCCAUUCAUAAUUAUAUCAGAUCACAAAAACAACAAAUCAUUUUAUAAUGAGCUUGCUAAUCUAAAGCUUAGAGCUCGUAAAAAUUCAUAGCGCUCUAAUAUAUUUCCAUUACAUAGAAUGAUUUUGUGUAACUUUUAAUUUAAAAGCUAAAUUUAAGAAAUGUAGGUAUACUUAUCUAAAGGUGCUUGGGUUUACAUUGAAAAUAUUUAAUAUUUAAAUUCUCAAAACAUAUUGCUGUUAACAAGGACAAUAAUGGAAGCGAAAGAAAAGGCGUAAAAGGCUACUGAUACGAAUUAAUUUUUAAAAAUAUUUAUAGAAAUAAAAUCAGACUUUGAUAGAUAUGAGUAAUUUUCGUUCUCAAAUAAGAAUUAUUCAAAGGAAAUUAUAUACUUGAUGAACCAAUCAUACAAGAUUUAUUUGAAUUAGGAUUCGACUAUAUAAGAGAGCAUGUCAUCUCUUUUUGCAGAUUAAAUACUCAGAUUUAUUUCUGUCAUGGAAGACUUAACUUAUACAAAUCAGGCUAAAAUUAAUGUCUUAGGAGGUACAUUCUUAGAUCCUUUGAGGACAUCUUAGCUUUUAAAAACUUAAUUUGAUAAUCCUUCAAAUAAUAGUCUUCUUCAAGAAAUAAACAAAACAAUUCAUUUCUAAACCAAAGAAUUAAUUCUAAAAAAGUAAAAAGAGGUCCAUUCAAGCAUAAACAUACAUUCUUUAAUCUUACCUUCUAAAGAUUAUACCAAUCAAUAGCUUAUUAAAAUUCUUAAUUAAGGUUAGCUUAAAAAUAAAUAUAACUUAUUUUUCAUGUUUUCUUGCUUAAGUUAGAGACAAAAUAUACUGCAAUAUUAAAGAAAGUAUUACUAGCCAGAAACCAUUAAUUCUAUUGAUUCUAAUUAGAUUUAAGAUACUGUGGAAGAUAUGAUCAGAUUAGUUUAGUCUUUCCCAUAAAAUCCAUAUAUUUUCUUUAGUAAGUACUUAAAUUUAUUAUUCAAUAAAAAUGGUUCACAAAUAACGACAGAUUAUGGAUAGGCUAUUUAGUCAUUACUAAAUUCCUUUGUUAACUCUUAAUAUGAAAAGUAAUUAAAAUAUUCAUUUGAUGGCAUCGAAUAUUUAAUGCACAGUACUGAAAUUGAGGAAGAAUAGAAAAUUUGUAAAGAAGAGUAGCUUUGCAUUCAAAUUAAUUCUAUUCCAAGUGAAGAUGUAGACUAGAUAAUUGGUAUUAGCUAAAAUAAUAUCAUCUAAAUGAAGCACAAUUAAUCUGAAAAAUUGCUUCAAUUUUUUAAUAAAUAUGAAAAUCAAAAUAGCAGAUAAGUUUGUUCUAUUAACAAAUCAAGCAAGUUGCUCUUCAAACAAUUAACUAAACUAUAAAAUUUGAAUCCCUAAUAGAAAAAGCUCAAUAGCUUUGAGAAUAUGAUUAAUUUUGAACAAAAUCUUAUUAAAGACACACAUAAUCAAGAUGAAGACAUUUUAAACUUAAUUUGUCAAUUAAGGAAAAUGAUUUAGGAUCGAGUGGUUGAUGAAAAAAGUAUACUUCAAGAGAUAUUAUAAAAAAGAGAAUCUCACAUAUUAAGCCAUUCAAACAGCUUAAAUUUAAGAAAUUAAUAAAACCCUAUUCGUAGAGGAGGAAUUCAAUACUACGAAUUUAAUAAUAAGCAGAGUCUUAAGAAGAAAUAGGAAAAUAAAGAGCAAAAUAGACAAUCCAUCAUAGAGUAAUUUACUUAGGAUCUUUAAAAUGAAUAGUAAGAUGAUGGCAAAAAAACUGUCUUUUCCAGAAUAAAAGAUUAUCUACCUCACACAAUUUUAAGAAAAUAAUAAAAGGAAAAAAAUAAUUACACUCAGAAGGACGCAUUGAAGAUGUUUAAAAAUAUGCACAACGAAAAAAAAUAAAAGAAAAAUUUAGAAAUCUAAGUUGUGCUUAAAGACCAGAAUUAGAGAUAAUUACAAGAUCAGAUUACAUAAUUGGCUAAUACAAAUCAUAUUUAAUAUUUGUUUUUCUAAAAUGAAGUUUUCAUUAUGAAUGAUAUUAUUUCUUAGAUCUUAAAAGAUUUUAGCCUCAUUGAAGGCUAUUUAGCCAAAUAAAUUGAUUUAGCUCCUUUGAAUCAAGAAAAAGCUUUGUCAAUUAUUAAUUAAAUAAAACAAAAUAAAACUCCUUAUCAGUGGAUAAAAUUGGGUUUCCUCACAUUUAAUCUGAGCCUAAAGUCAUAUUUCAAGAAGCUAAUUAUAAAAUCUGAUCAUCUAUUACAAGUUAUUAAAGAAAGAGAGUACUAGCUGUUCCCAUCAAUUCCUUUUUAUUAAACCUUUGAUCCAUAUGGAUUACUCUUAAAUGUUCUCUUUUAAUAUAGUAGAUAAAAUAAAAUACCUAUGAGCCAUCUUAAAAUAAAAGCCAGUUUAAUUAAGACACCUCCAACGCUUAGAUAAGAUUUCAAAGAAGGAAUUAUUGCAAGUGGAAUUUUUAUACAGAACGGAGAUAUUAAUUUGGAUAAUAACUAUUUAAUAAACGAAAACUAAUAUUAAUAUUAAUCUUAAAUACCUUAUCUAUAAUUUAAAAUAGCACUUAGGAGUAAACCAGAAAUGCUUUAAAAUUUAGACCCAUAUAUAGCAAUUGAGUUUGUUGAUUAAGUACAUGAUGAUAUAGAAUUAAAGUAUGUGUAACAAUGCUUGCAUCCUCACUAGGUUGACUAUAAUUCUCUUUUAAAAUAAUAUUCUGUAAAAGAAGAGUAGACAGGUAAUACAAAGAGAGAAUCUUCUCAAGUAAAGAUGGCUUAAAAUAAUGAAUUUAAAAAGAAUGUAGUUCAAAACAGUAUCUAAUUUUAAGAUGGUUUACUGCAUUUUGUUAAAAUACCUGUUAUAAACCCAUUAUCUAAAGAGCUCUAAAAAGAAAUUAAUCUGAAAUUUUUCUUCUUUUUCAAAAGCUACAUGAGCGAAGAACAUUGGAUCAAGAAAUCUACAGAAAUUUAUUUUGCAAAGUAGUGCUGA